AUGGACCCCCCCUCGGCGUGGCGGCAGGAGCCUCCUGCCCUCGGCAAGGCAGCGGCCGAGUUCCUCAACCUCAUCGGCCCGGAGGAGCUGGAGAGAUGCCUGUUCGCUGAGAUGCUGGAGGUGCCGGGAGCGGGAGGCGAGCCGAGCGAGCGGGCCAGUGGCCGCUGGUGGGUAGCAGCCCGGUGGGCACCCUACAAGCGGCCGGGCGAGCCGGUGCGGAGCUGCCUCCUGGUGCAAGCCAGUUCCCGCAGCCGGCAGCACGGCGUGCCCAGCUCCAGAACCCUCCGAGCCUACCUGACCCUGCAGCUGGAGACCCUGGAGCAGGAGGAGGAGGUGCGUUGUCUGGAGUUCAGAGCAUACCCCAUAGAGAAGAAGACCCACAUGGUGAGACACCAGCAUGGGAUGACUGUCACCAAGACCCUCCGGGAGGGAGAGGCAGAGCCACAGUGUUGGAGAUUCUUCUACAGUCCAGAGGAGCUGCAGGGGCUGCUGCCAGAGGGUGCCAGCCUCCUGCUGCUGCGGGUGCUGGCCUGCCGGUGGGCAGUGCCUCCCAGCCUCCUCUUCCCCACCAUCGACAGCGAGGGCCAGCUCUGCACCUCCAGCUACUGCACCCUGGGCCUCCAGCAGCAGGUGGUGGGCUCAGCAGAGGCAGAGGUGUUGGUGAUCGAGCGAGCAGUGAGCCCCGGGACCACCGUCUCUGUCACCUGGCACUGCAGCUUCCUGCCUAGCGGACGCCUUGUCCGGCUGGUGCACGUUGGCAUCCCGAUGCUGGUGCUGCUGCAGGAUGAGUCUGUCCUUGGUGCAACAGGUGGGGUUGAGCCCCAGCCCCGCUUCCCCAAGCACCCCCUGGACUGGGAAGAGGACAUCCAGCUCUGCUCCUGGUUCCUGGAUAGGAAGGAGGAGCUGCAAGUGUCCCAUGCCGCCUACCUCGGACGGCACCCCGAGCUCCGGGCGCUGCUGGCUGACUUCCUCCAGGCCCUGCUCCUCCGGCAGCCCCCUGACCCCAUCUCCUUUGCUGCUCAAUUCUUUGCCCCUUUUGCCCACCAGCAGCCCCUUGGGACCCCCUCUGCCCCUGCUGGGGCUGCCAGCCCCCUCCCCAGCCCUCUGCCUGCCCACCCUCCAGCCAACGUCGAAUAA